AUGAUUUGCAAAUUUUGUUUUUUGUGUUAAUUUUGAGUUUCCUUAGUGAUUAUUGUAAGCUUUUACUUAGGCUUGGCUGGUUCGGUACUUCAAUAACACCGAGCAUAACGAUAUUUAUCUGGAAUAUUGGUCGUUGUUGUAUCUAGUAACUAAAUGGCAUGAACUAGUCAAUUGGUUGGAUAUGUGGAAACAUGCACAUAAAUGUAAUCACAUUCUGUGAUAAGCAUGGCGAGAAAGAAUAUAACCUGUUUUGUAGUUACUUUCAGGCUACAUAACAUUGUGCAAACACUUUUCAAGUGUGUCUAGGAAAAUUUCGCUAGCGCUUCUCUUUAAUGGCGCUGGACAUUCCUCUUCAUUAAUAUUUUUUGCGACUAUUCUGGCAAUAGUUUUGCCAAGUCCAGAUAGCAAGCAAAUGAUCCAAACUUUGUAGAAAAUAGAACUGAAGUAAGCAAAUGAUCCAGACUCCAAUUUAGUCUUUACUUUUUUGUGCAAUAGUAAUAUUCUAAUUGUCUUCUUGACUAUUUUGCAUGAAUACUUGUAAAAAAUUGUGUACCCUGGGUUUGAUUCACUUCUUCAUUUCUUCAGUGCACACAUGCUUAUUCCCUGUUUGUUGUUGAGCUCAAAUGGGCUUUUGUUUUCCUUCAGACUUCAUUACUGUUCUUUUGAGUUUCUUCUGUUGGCCAUCUUACACAUUUUCCAAGAAUCGUUUUUUUUUAAUUUAAAUUUUAAUUUUUUAUAUAUUUUGCUUAGAUUAGGGCUAAUGUUGGUCUUAAUACAUCCAAUUGUCUAAAGGUGGUUCUCAGUUUUUAUCAGUUAGGCAUGGAGCUUUUUUGUCAAUCCUUAAUACCAUUUAAACAUAUAUUGUUGAUGUUACAAAUUUUGUGCACCCUGGAACCCCUCUUGAUGAUGAGGCUACACAAAGGGGCACAUUAGUCUACCUUGUUGAGCGGCGAAUUGACAUGCUUCCUAAACCUUUAAUAGAAGAUAUUUGUUCUCUUCGAGUUGAUGUGGAGAGAAUAACAUUCUCUGUUAUCUGGGAAAUGACACCUGAAGCGGAGAUUAUUUCUACAAGAUUCUCGAAAAGUGUCAUCAAGUCGUGUGCAGCAUUGUCCUAUGUAGAAGCUCAAGCCAGGAUGGAUGAUAGCCGCUUGAUGGAUCCACUAACUACAGAUUUGAGAAAUAUGAAUGUUUUAGCAAAGGUAAUGAGGCAGAGGCGUAUUGAUAGAGGAGCAUUGACUCUUGCCUCCACUGAAGUGAAAUUUCAGGUUGAUACUGAAACUCAUGACCCCCUGGAUAUUGUUAUGUCUAUCUGGGGUGACGAAAACAAUGAAGACGAUGAAGAUAUUUGGUUGUAUGACGCAAAUGAAACUAUAAAUGGUGGAUCCUUGGAUAAUGCCAAAUGCAAAUUGUUGAAUUGGGAUGGAACAAAGGUGGUGGUUGCGGAAGGCACAAUUGCAUCAACAGAUUCUAAAGCAUUGGCUAUGAAGCAUGGAUACGCCAAAAUGGAAGCCGUGGCGGUGUUGGACACGGGGACACGCCGGAGACACAUACGGGACACGACGUCUGGCGUGUCCCCUUAA